ACAGCUGAUCCGAUUUGGCCAGAUGUUGGACGGGCUUUAACCCGCCGAGUCAGUUGCGCGGCACAGGUUAAAGCAAGCGGUUCGUGUGCCGGAAAAAUCGGAAAUCAAAGCUAUAGAAUUAAACGGCAAUUGGACUAUUUAUGAUUUUUGUGCUGUGACAAAUGAGAUUUAUUUGCGGACAAUAGUUGAAUUUGGCAAUUAACUAGAAUUGUUUUUUUAGAGCUGUACAUUCUGACUAGCAAAAAUCGAGAAAAAAUAUAAUAAAUAAAAAUUUCUAACUAAAAGACUACUUGAAAACCAAAACAACACACUAUUUGUGACCCCCUGGCAACACUUGCAUUUUCCCUCACGACCAAUCGCCCAAUAACUCCCGACUGACACACAUUUGAUGAGAACAAAUAGCAAACUAAAAUAAAUCAACCGAAAAAAUAAUGUCAACGAAAUCAAUGGCAGGCCACGGCAGCUGCAACAUGUUUCUGCUGUGUCUGCUGCUGCUGUUGCUGCCGGCAGCCUCCCCAGUCCGCUUACCCAAGAACAGCAGCGAAAACAAUGCAACGGCAGCAGCAACACCAAAAGCAACAGCAACAUCAACGGCGACAGCAGCAACAUCUGCUGCUGGUAGCAACAAUGCCAAUGCCAAGGCUGCCAGCAAAUAUGAGAUACGCGGCGUUGCCGGUGAACCAAAUUACAAAUCGGUGAAUCUGACCUGGGAAGUUGAAUUCGUGCCGACGGCCCAUGACACAGAUUCGAGCCCCAACUCCGGCUCCCACUUCGGCAGCUCCAACUCCAGAGCAGGCCAGGUGAACGCGACAAAUAUGAGCGUCGAUGUGGAACCGCCCCGGGCUCUGGCAUUCCAGAUCUUCUACUGCGAGAUGCAAAACUACGGCCCACAGCGGUGUCGCGUCAAAUUGGUGAACGGCACCACUGCCGAAAAGUCUCAGGAGGAUCAGGAGGAGGAGCACGAUCCCUUAGGUUCUCAGGUGCAGCAUUUUGCCGCCGCUGUGGACAACUUGCGGAUGGCCACCAAAUACAGUUUCCACAUUCGUCCGGCGGCUCAAAGGCGCCUCCAGGCUGGCGGUACUCGAAGUUCCAAUGCCCGCGCCGAGUUUCACGACGAAAAUGAGAUUGAGAGUGGAGCGGGACACCUGCCUGGUCAAAGCAUUGUCAUACCUACUAAGGGCUUCACUGCUCACGCCACCCAGUGUUUGCCACACGCCUCUGAGAUCGAGGUGGAGACCGGUCCAUAUUUUGGAGGACGUAUUGUCGUGGAUGGUGGAAAUUGUGGCAUCAAGGGCGAUGCAAGUGAUUCAGCGGACAAGUACACAAUGAGGAUCGAUCACAAAGAAUGUGGAAGUUUGGUUAAACCAGAGACCAAUACGGUAGAGACCUUUAUCACGGUGCAGGAGAAUCUGGGCAUCUUCACUCACAGCACAAGACGCUUUGUAGUGGUCUGUAGCUAUCAGUCGGGCAUGCAGACGGUCCGGGCAAGCUUCACUGUACCCGGCAAGAACGGAGUGGCCGCCGCCUACGAGCCCAACGAUCCCUUUGAACCGGACGAGGAUCAGCGUUUGGGCAGGGAGCUCCGUCAGAUGCGCUACGUCAACAAGACGGAGCUGGUGCUGCGGGAGCCAGCGGACUCCCAGACCGAUUCCCAAUCGGAUUCUGAGUCUGUGGAACAGGCGGCGGUGGUGGAGCAGACCCAGCCGCCCACCACGGAGCUGGCUACUCAGCCCAGAGGUCAGGGCAGAGCUCUGAACCUCAACGAGGUCAAUAGCUUUGACAAGGAGCCGGCGGAGGAGGGUCAUCAUUUGGAGUCAGUGGUGGGCACCAAGUACGCCAAACUGGUUGUGGACCAGACCCACGACUCCUGGUUGCCACUGGAGGUGGGCUCGCCACCAGCUGGUAACGUCGAGGAUGAAGCCGUUCUGCGUUAUAUUGGCUCCCAUCUGAGCAGCGUGCUGGUAACCGUUUCGCUAUCUGUGAUAAUCAUCAGCAUUUGCAUCGUUCUGCUGCAGCGCCAGCGAAUCCGCUCGCCGCCCCGCAGCCCCGCCCCCUCGCUGACCGCCCACCUGCCGCACAAGACGCUGCCGCGUGCUCUGCAGCAGCAGCAGUACCAGUGCACCUUGUAGGUGCCCCAUCUCAUCUUCCCUCCUGCCCCCUAAAACUCCACCGACUGCUCCGCCUCCGUCCUCCGAUUUCCAGCUCGCUAUGCCCACUUGUCUUGCUGAAUGUCAAAAACGAAGGAAAGAAAAAAGAAAACUCCAUUUAGCUGAAGAUGACUGCGCAUAACCACGCCCCCCACUUCCCCCGAAAUCCUGGAUCUGCGCUUUCCAACUCAAAACCCCAACGGUACCAGCGGGAUUGGCAUCCUCCGAUUUACAUAAUUGUAAUCUCGAACUCGACUCUGGCCGAGCUUUAACUCCAAUUGCGUUUUGGAUCACGAGGGAGGACGAGCGGACAGGGGAAGUUCUCAUAGAGCGAGAUUAGUAUGUAGUCCUCUAGGCUUACGAAUUUUGUAUAAAUUAUUUAUUCCCAAAAAAAAUAUAUAUUUAUAGCUACAAAAUA